AUGACAGUGACUGGCUGACUGUCGCAACUUGCAGGUCGUUUACGGUACACCGAUUGCGGUAUUUUAUAUUUUAAUUUAUAUAUAUUUAAACAUUAAAUUACAUACCAUAAAAAUAAUUUAUAUCGGAUCUACGAAAUCUUCAAAAUAAAAUUGUUGCCGCAUUGAGAGAAAAAAAUUAAGAUACACAGAAUACAAUAAAGAGAUAGCAGGGACUCGAGUGGUCUGCACCGAGUCUGCAUACAUAAUUAUUUUUUAUAGUUCAACGUUGCCAUUCACAAUGCAGUCACAAAUGUCGUUAUCCUUGUACGUAAAGUAUGUCGGCUUAUCCUUAGUUUCGGGCUUCACGAUGUUCAAGCUAUUUAAUACAUUUGUGGAAAGAAAAAGAAGAGAUGCCCUUAAGGGAAAGGUUGUUGUAAUAACUGGGGCCAGUUCUGGUAUUGGAGAAGCACUUGCCCAUGUUUUUUACGAAAAUGGCUCUAAAGUUGUUUUGGCUUCCAGAAGAUUAUCGGAAUUGGAGAGAGUUAAACAAGACCUACUGGCAAAAAAUGUGAAUGGUCCUACUGUAGAGCCUGUGGUUGUAGAAUUGGAUUUGUCUAAUUUAAAUGAACUGGAUGCCUUUGUUGAAAGAGUUCACAAUUUAUGUGGACAGGUAGACAUACUUGUAAAUAAUGGUGGUGUGUCACACCGUGGGUCAAUAUUGCAUACUAAAAUGGAUGUGUAUGAGAAAAUUAUGAGAAUUAAUUAUUUUGGAUCUGUGGGUCUUUCAAAAGCUGUACUGCCAAAAAUGGUUGAGAGGAAAAGCGGACAAAUAGUAUUUGUGAGUUCUGUACAAGGGCUUAUUUCGAUACCGGAUCGAUCUGCAUAUGGAGCUUCAAAACAUGCUAUGCAGGCCUUCGGUGAUGCACUUCGCGCAGAAAUGUACCAACAUAAUAUUAGUGUCUCUGUAGUGAGCCCAGGCUUUGUGCAAACAGCAGUUUCUCUUAAUGCUCUCACUGGCAGCGGUGACAACCAUGGGGUUAUGGAUAAAAGCACAGCUCAAGGGUUUACAGCAGAAUAUACAGCAACGAAGAUAAUAGACAUGAUUGUCAACAAGGACAAUGAACUAAUUGUUAGUCAGUGCAUACCAAGACUAGCGAUUUUCUUGAGACACACAAUACCAUCUCUGUAUUUCUGGUUGAUGGCUCGAAGAGCAAACCCAACUGUUUAAAUACAGAGGUUUCUGAAUAAGUCCAGUUAGUUACCAUAUUCCUCUUACUGGAUAAGGGUUGAGGAAGGUGAUAAUAUUUUAAGGCUGCAUAAAUACAAUAUUUUAUAUAGGUACUAACAUAUCAUAAACCCUCUAUAAUGCGUUCAAAAACCGCACAUUAUGACCACAAUAAAAAUAAGACUGUUUUGGUAGAACAAAUUUCUACCAAAACAUCUGUGACGAUAAUAUUAUUUUAUUUUUAGACAUCUCUGAAAAUAAAGAAAUUUGAUAUGAAAAGAAAAACUUUGUGCAAUCUUAACACCGAUCAUUACUAUUAAACUUAGGAGACACAUACUCAAAGUUUGUUAGUCUACUUUAACGAGAUACUGGCAAAUCUGUGGUGUGUCUUCCACAGAAGUCACAGUAGGAAGACUAGAAUAGAUAGUUAAGGCGACUGUAGUUAUCUGAAUUACAAAGAACUAUGACAGCUGCCAGGAAACUUUUAAUUAACGGCAUUAACAUUUAAUUGAUGGUGGUCUUAACCAGCCUACCACAACUCUAAAAAAAGUGAUUCACUGGAUUGUAUGAAACAUGCAGUCACUGAUAGAUUGACAGAUGACUGCUAUAGUCUUGUAAAAAACGGAAAUAGCCGAAUACCACUUCGUUUUAAACAAUUUUUCGCUUUCAAACGGAUUAUACUUUCCCAUUGUCAUACUGUAAUUAGUACUACUUCAAACUUAUGGUCAAAUCACUGCACAUACUAAACUAAAUUUCAAUAUUUACUUAGGCAGUCUUGUCUCAUCAUAUAUACAUCCUCUUUGGUCAUAACAGGCGGCUCCUGAGUGCAUCAUGAAGGCUUAUGAUAUGUGGUUAGAUAAAGGAGUAUAUGUAACUGUAGAUAAUUAAUGCCUUUCAUUAUAUACAGUCACAUAAAAAGGCAUUUAAAAGGCAAAAAGCAUUUAUUUUUCUCAAAAUUGAUUCAUUAGAAUACUUUUUGAUGUAAAUUCUAAUAUACUUCUUUAUGUGAACAAGAUGUAUGAGAAUAUAUAUUUAAGGUAAUUGUACCUUCAAUCUUCGAAACACACUCACAUAAUCAAGUUUUCAGAUAAUAAAGUAAAAGUGAAUAAAAUAAGUUGUUGGGCCUUGAUAGAUUGACAUUCACAAAGAUUUCCGAUCAAUCUGACAAUCACUCAGUACAUACUAACAUUUUAUAAUAUCAACUCAAAUAAUUUAAUUAACAUUAAAAUGAUAACAUUGUAUAAUUAUAUAUUAUUGUUUAUAUGGAGCUGUUUGACUAUUUGUAUAUAAAAUAUUCUGUUGAUGCAUAUAACUCCGUUGUAUGUGAAAGUAACAUUUAAACAACUGACAAUAAUUAUUUCUAAAAUCAGUUCAUAUAUUGUUUUUCAACAAAUUUGGUGUAUAUUUUGAUAUGUAUGACAACCCAUGUAGCCCAGUGGUUAGUGACCCUGCCUACUGAGCUACAGGUAUCGGGUUCGACUCCCCGUAAACAUUUAUAUGAUGAAUAUGGAUGAUUGUUUCUGAGUCAUGGAUGUUUUAAGUAUAUGUAUUACAUCGUUAUCUUGUACCUAUAAUACAUACUAUGCCUAGAUUGGGAUAAGAUAUUCUGUGUAAAAGUUUGCCAAUAUAAAAAAAAAAUGUAUAUAUGUUCUUUUGUCCAAAUAUAUAACUAUAGUAUCAUUCAUUUUGUUCACAUAUUGAAGUGUAGUUUUUGACUAUAUCUCAAAAGUACUAGAAAUUUGUUAUCUGAAGACUGUAUUGUAAAAGAGGCUAGGUUCUAAGACAGAUGUUUGACAGGUACAAUGUUGCUAGAUGUUCUGACUCUAAAAGGCUAGUAAUAUAAUAAUAGUACAUAACAUUAAUGUGAUUUGAACUUUGAAGGGCUGGCUGUCUGCAGAACAACCAUUACCACUGAACAUGUCUUAGCUAAGAACCUUUUAAUAUUUCUAUAGCUAUUAAAUUUUAUUGUUAUGAUUGGUAGCUUUUAAAAAUAACUUAUAUUGCUCUUUUUUUAUGGAUGGGUAGAAUAAACAAUUGUAUGGGCGACCUGAUGGGAAUUGUUCACCACAUCUCAUAUACUCUUGCAGUACCAAAGGUAUCAUAGGGGUGUUACCAGCUUUUUAGGUAGCUCAAAUGUAGUACUUUUUGUACAGCAUUAUAUCCAUGAAUUACUUGUCAAAAUGUAAUGUAUGUAUAAAUUAUAAAAAGUAUUUUAAAUCUACAAUUGAUUUUCUGAUUUAUUCAGGACUGUGCAUAUCAUAAAGGCAAUUAGGCAGUGCCUACCUCAUUAUGAACCUAAAUAAAUAUAGCACUAGUUUAGUUUAAUUUGGUUCCGUUAUUUUAUUACUAAACUUCUAUUGAACAACCACUUAUAAACUUUUUCCUUACGCUAUAUAUACUAAAUACCUGUGGUUAGCAAUCUUUGCUUAUUCCAAAGCUCAACUGCUACUAGGUAGAUCCAUGGUGCCUACCUUGUUAGAAAAACUGCACACCCCUGGAUUUAUAAACUAAAGAGGUAGUCUAGCUGGAUUAAGAUAUAUAUGUAUUAAAAAAUACUAUUAUAUAAAAUUGACCCCAUCAAUUAUGUAAUUUUAAUAAAGUUUUUCGUACAUAUUUCAUGGAUUUAAUUUGGAAAAGGGUUAUUUUUGAGUAACAUAUAAGUAUGCUGGGUCGGUAGAUUAUUGAAGAAUUGUCAACAUAUUAAUGUGUACAUCCUCUAGUAGAUAAUAUAGGGUAAUGGUAUAAAAAUUUGUACGGGAAUCGCUUUGUGCUGCCAUAUCUAUGGUUAAAGUAUGCAUUUAUGUCAUAGCCAGUUACAUUAUCUCUGGACAUGUUGUCGAAUGUGAAGACAUCACAUUGAGGCUUUGUUAUGGUGGUGAAAAACAAACAUAAUUAAAUAACAUCCUAAUAUUUUUAUUCAUAAAAAUAUGAUUUAAUUUUUCUGUAUUAUUGAUUGACAUAAAGGUGUUGUGUUAUGAUACUAAUUAUUAUUAUUAUAAUGAUGAAAAACCAAUGAGAGCAUCUAGGUUAAGUACAAAGAGUAUUUAUCUUUCUGACAGUACUAUUAUAGCGACACAGAACAACAUAAACUACAUAAUAAUUAAAAGCAAAAGUCAAAACAGAUCAAUGUAACAUUGAGGGUGAUGGGAGGGGACAUUACCUUCCAGCAUGGUCCAGAGAUAAUGUGGCUGUGCAGUAAGGGUUUUGUUAUUUUAAAUUAAUGUUAUUUCAAAACAAUAAAAAAUUUCACACAUA